AUUAAAUAUUGGAGUGAUGAAGAAGCUGAAACUGAGGUGCCUCCACCCUCCGACGCCAUCAGCGCCACCCCUAACCGCUGCCGGAGCCACCACCGCUAAGCCCUUCAAUGCCACCAUCACCCGCCUUUCCGCCGAGGGCUUCCACCGCGAAGUCAUCGCCACCUUCUCCUCCAUGCUCGAAUCCCCCAACAUUAAUCCAGACGCCUUCACUUACCCUUCCGUGCUCAAGGCAUGCUCCUCGCUCGGCCUCUUCUCCCUCGGCCUCCAUCUCCACCAGCACAGCACCGUCAAUGGCUUCUCGUCCGACGCUUAUAUCUCCUCAUCACUCAUCAAUUUCUACGCCAAAUUCAACAACACUAAUUAUGCACAGAAGGUGUUUGAUAGAAUGCCUUACAGAAACAUUGUCCCAUGGACCAGCAUUAUUUGGUGUCAUUCUCACGCUGGCGACAUUAAACAUGCAUUUACUUUAUACAACGCUAUGCAAUAUGAAGGUAUCGCGCCUAGCCCGGUCACCAUUUUGAAUCUGCUCUCCGGGGUUUUAGAGAUCGAACAUGCCCGUGUUCUGCAUGCCUGCAUCGUCAAACAUGGUUAUAGUUGUGACUUGGCUUUGAUGAAUUGUUUAUUGAGUGCUUAUUCCAAGUGCGGAAGAGUUGAAGAUGCUAGCGAGUUGUUUGAGUCGUUGGAUGGAAGAGAUAUUGUUUCUUGGAAUAGUUUGAUUAAUGCUUUUACUGUGGUAGGGAAUGUUACAAAAGUCCUAUAUUUAUUUUCCCAAAUGAGGUUAAAUAACUUAGAGCCGGAUCAGAAGACCUUUGGAUCAUUGGUCUCUGCUUUGGCAAGAGAGGGCAGUCUUGAUGUGGGAAGAGUUGCGCAUGGUCAGAUAAUUGCGUCUGGAUUUGAAUUAGACAAGCAUGUCGGAACAUCGCUUGUAUAUUUUUAUUUCAGAUGCAGGAACGUGGAUGAUGCAUUUCAAGUUUUUGAGCGAGCAGCGGAUAAAGAUGUAAUAUUUUGGACGGCCAUGAUAUCCGGGCUUGUACAGAAUGAUUCUGCAGAUUAUGCGUUAAGAGUGUUCCGAAAAAUGUUGCUUGUAGGAAUGAGGCCAUCCUCUGCAACCAUGGCUAGUGUUACUGCAGCUUGUGCAUUACUGGAUUCUAUUCAUCAUGGAAAAUCAAUACAUUGCUACAUUUUACGGCAGAAAAUGGCUGUGGAUAUUGCUUUACAGAAUUCUCUUGUUAGUUUCUAUGCAAAAUGUGGCCUUUUAGAGCAGAGUUUUACUGUUUUUAGCAAAAUGGAUGAGAGGAAUGUUGUCUCCUGGAAUGCAGUUGUCGCUGGUUAUGCACAAAACGGAUAUUUAAGUGAAGCAUUGUUUAUGUUUUAUGAGAUGAGAGCAGCUAACCAACAACCUGAUUCUAUAACUGUAGUUUCUCUUCUCCAAGCAUGUGCUUCCAUUGGGGCAUAUCAUCAGGGGAAGUUGAUUCACAACUAUGUCCUCAGGAGUUGUCUUGGACCAUGUAUCCGGAUAGGUACAGCCUUAGUUGAUAUGUAUGCUAAAUGUGGCAACCUAGAUUGUGCUAGAAAAUGUUUUGACAUAAUGCCAGAGCACGAUAGUGUUUCCUGGACUGCUAUUAUUGCAGGAUAUGGUAGUCAUGGUGAAGGGGAGGCUGCUUUGAAAAUGUUCUCGGAGUUUUUGCAAAGUGGGUGUGCACUUAAUGAUGUCAUCUUUUUAUCUGUCCUCUAUGCCUGCAAUCAUAAUGGGCUGGUUGAUAGUGGCAUGAGAUAUUUUGAGUCAAUGAUACAUAACCAUAAAAUCGAACCAAAGAUUGAGCACCUUGCAUGCAUUGUUGAUCUCCUCUGCCGAGCUGGCAGGGUACAUGAUGCAUAUAACUUCUAUAGGAAGAUGUUUUCCAAACCCAUGAUUGAUGUCCUAGGCAUACUACUUGACGCUUGCCGGAAUAAUGAUGAUGAAGUGCUUGGGCAUGCCAUUGCAGAGGAAAUUUCUGAAUUUGAGCAUGCAGAUGCUGGUAAGUAUGUGCAGUUGGCUCAAAGUUUUGCUUCAAUGGACAGGUGGGAUGGAGUGGGAGAAGCUUGGGUUCAAAUGAAAUCUCGUGGUCUAAGGAAAGCUCCAGCAUGGAGUAUCAUUGAAUUGCAUGGUACAAUCACCCAAUUUUUCAUGCAACAUAGCUCUCAUCCAGAAAAUGACACAAUUGUCUUUAUAUUGAGAAAUCUGACUGAUAAUAUGAAGAGACUGGCAUUAACUUCAGAAUAUGAAGAUCUCUCUUCCUAUAUUGAGGUCAUUUGAGAAAAUGAGCUCCUGUUUCUGUAUCUGCUCUUACGACUUACUAUCUCUUAUGGAGAUCCAGACCUGGCUCGCAUGAAAGGCUCGGCAACUUACUUUCCCAUAUGGCGAAACAGGAAGUUCAGUUGAUCUGCCAGAGGCUCAAGAUGGCCAUGCUAGAGCAGGAAGACAUACUCUUAUAGCUGUGGCUCUCUUGUUGCAUCUGCGACUUCUAUAAAAAUAUGUGGGAUCCAUCUGCCAACAUGAUACCGUAAAGCAGUCCUGUGGGUUCAUGCUAAAUUUGAUUGGUGCUUAUUUGCUUCCUAAGAUUUGAACAGAUGCACUACGAACCAGAGAUCAGGAUCAGGAUAAUGCGGGCCGGAUUCAGCCAAUAUUUUGUGAUUGAUUACCUGCUGGGUGUGCUCGUCUGGUACUUCUUCGAUUUGGAUGCACUUAUGCACGUAAUCCUUAAUAACUAGAGGGAGACUGAUGAAUAUCUAGGAAAUGCUUUCCCACAAAGCUUUACCGAGGAUGCAUGGACAACCUCAUCAGAAACACUCUAUAUGACACCAAUCUUGAUCUGCCGAGUUUGGGUUGUUCUUAGUCUUUUUUAAAGUAGUCUGGGACUUCAUAAGCAUUGAGGUUGUAAAUAAGGGGCAUUACUUCAAGCAUAAAUUUUAUGAAGUCCAUUAAUUUAAAUAUA